AUGUUAACUUCAUCGUUUUUUGUUUUUGUUACUGCUCUUGUUGGGUUUGCUGUUUUAACAGUAACACAAGGAAACAAUGACAAAAUUGAUAAAUUACCUGGUUUAAAUUUUGAUAUUAAUUUUAAUCAUUAUUCUGGAUAUUUUCAAGUAUCAGAAAAUCAUUUCUUACAUUAUUGGUUUGUAGAAUCUCAAGGAAAUCCAGAAAAAGACCCUGUUAUCUUUUGGUUUAAUGGUGGUCCAGGUUGUUCAAGUAUUGAUGGUCUUCUUAAUGAAAUGGGACCAUACACUACUGCUGAGGAUGGAAAAACAUUAAAAGAAAAUCCAUAUGCUUGGAAUAAACUUGCUAAUGUUAUGUAUAUUGAAUCACCAGCUGGUGUUGGAUAUUCAUACAGUUCAGAUGGAAACACAACAACAAAUGAUGAUCAAACUGCUUUAGAAAAUUAUAAUGCUGUUAAGGAAUUUUAUAAAUUAUAUCCACAAUUCCGUCGUAAUCCUUUGUUUAUUAUGGCUGAGUCAUAUGGAGGUGUAUAUGGACCAUCAUUAACAGCAAAAAUUGUUGAAGGAAUGAAUGAUUUCAAGAUUAAUCUUAAAGGUAUGGCUAUCGGAAAUGGUUAUGUUAAUGAGAAAUUGAAUGUUGAUACUUCUGUAAGAUUUGCCUAUGGACAUGGAAUUAUUGAUGAAAAAAUCUGGACAACUCUUGAACAAGAAUGUUGCCAUGGAUGUAUUGAAAGUUGUGAUUUGACAGCAGUUGAAGGACAUUGUGCACGUAUUGUUGAAGAUAUUUUCCAAUUUUUAUGGUUUGGAGGACUUAAUCCAUAUGAUUUAUAUAGAAAUUGUGAUCCAAAUCCAGAUGUUAACUCAAAGAAGAUGGAAGCAAUCCAACGUGGUGUUACAUUCCUCCGAUCUAUUCCAUCAUACAGUCGUCUUUUUAAAGCCGAUUUAUAUCGAAAAUACAGUCAACCAAGAGUUAUGGGAGCUUCUGUUCCAUGUCUUAAUGAUAGUGAACUUGUCUCUUACAUGAAUUCCAAAGAAACCCGUGAAGCUCUUCAUAUUCCAGAAUCAGUUCAAAGUUGGGAUAUUUGUUCUGACAAAAUUACCACAUCAUACCAAAAACAAUACACUGAUAUGACACCUUUCUUCAAAACAAUUAUUGAGGGAAAUGUAAGAAUUCUUUUGUACUAUGGAGAUACAGAUAUGGCAUGUAACUUUAUGAUGGGACAACAAUUUGCAUCCUCCCUCGGUCUCAAGAGAAGAAUUUCUAAACAACCAUGGAAAUUUGAUAGACAAAUUGCUGGGUUCAAAACAAUAUAUGAUGGUUUGACAUUCUUGACAGUUCGUGGUGCAGGACAUAUGGCUCCACAAUGGAAAGCUCCACAAAUGUAUUAUGCCAUUCAACAAUUCCUCAUGAACCAUCCAAUUUAA